AGCUUCGCCUCGUGAGUCCACAUCAUUUUGACCACGUGAUGACGUGUCGAUAAGAGUACAAACUACGCUAAACGUCAUGACUUCAAACAAAUAUUUUCUCUCCUAAGCGGCUAAUAUAUCGUGGACGUCAUUUUGUUUCGUCACGUCACGCGUAAGAUUGAGAAAUAAUCUUCCAAAACGUGUUCAGGCUUUCUACGAAGUGCGCAGGAACUGAAAAUGAAAUCGAUUCGUACGUAUGAACCUGUUACUGGUAAAUUAUACUCAUUCCAUUCCACUCAAAACAAGUAAUUGGCUAAUCUAGUACCCAGCCUAGUGAUUGGCUGUCAAACAAAUAUUUUCGAUGGCAUAUCAUCAACUGUACGAUUUUUCGUCAGCACUUACGGAGAUUACCAAAUCAAAUGACCGUACCAAGCAGCCGAGCACGGGAGAAAAAUUGAAAUCCAACCAACCGUCAAGCUAUUUACGCCGACAGAGCUUCACCAUGGUCAGAAAGAGAGUGAGGUUUUCAUCCGACGGUGAAGAACAAGAACACAAGAUGAGUGAUGUGGGACGAGUGCUAACCGAAAAAGUGCAUCAGGGAAACUGCCAAUUCCAGAAAAAGAUGACAUUGGCAGAUCUAAAGCAGAAAAAUCCUCCCGGGUUUAAAAAAUUUCAGGAGACAGUUGAUUCCCAAAUGCUGAAUGAAGAAGUGGCUUUAAAGUUAUGGGAAGAUAUUUUCAAGCCUUUGUACACGUUUGAUUUGCUGCAAACGGACCCUAAAUUCUUAGAGAUGUAGUUAUGUAAGUUGAAAACUCGAUAUUAGGCAAGUAUAUUUAGUGUGGUUAAAAUGGUUGGCUUGCGUGCAAAAAUUUAAAGAAAUAUAAAGACGUGUACUAUGAAAUUAACACAUAAUUAAGCAAAUAACUCGUUAAAGGAUAACCGCACUAAUUAAGGACUAAUCAUUUGGGAGGGUGAGUUUCAGAGUUUGGAAAAUUUUUUAAUUCAUUGUUAUUUCUUCAGCUUGUUUUUCAAUAUCAUUCAUAGUCUUGUUAGCCAAACAACAUUGUUCUCGUAUUCAAAUUCAGAAAUCUAAGGCUGACGUCUUUGUCUGUCAGUAAGUCUGCAAACAAUUCAUUCCAAACAUAAAUAUUUUUCGAACUU